CAACCAUCACAUCGACUCCUCACACCUCGCGCUACCGAAAGAGAGAGUGAGUGCUCUUCAACUCACACCUCGGCUCACUACAAUCACCACCUAUCAAUGGAUCCAUCGCGCAAACGCCCCCUUGACGAUGGAACCGUCAGUCCCGCGAAACGGCCCAAGGCUGGUGGGCCAGACCAAGAACGAAUCCAAAAGAUGAUGGCCGAAGCACGCGCCAAAGCCGCAGCCCUAGCAGCGAAGUUGGGAGCCAACAAAGUCACCGCAGGCUCACCUACUCCCCCAUUGGGUGGCUCUGCUGCGCAGACGGCGGCUGAACGUCUCGCUGCGAUGAGAUCGCGUGUCGCCAAUGCUGUUUCCAGAUCCACUGCUGCGAGUGUGGCUCCCCCGUCCCGACCAGUCUCGUCGACACCGUCGUUCCGCCGCGACGAGUCUGAACAUGAUGAUGGCAGUAAGGCACGCGGUGGAUUGGACGUCGGCUUGCAUCCUGCGUUGCUGGGCGAUACGGCUGAUGCUGGGUCGUCACGGCGGGGCAAGAAUGCGAUGAUGCCCAAGUUCGCGACUACUAUGGCGAACCGGAGGGGGGAUAUUGGCCGGGGAGGAAAGCCGAAGAAACAGCUCGAUCUCAGCGCGCCGCCUAUUGACUUGAUCGAUCCGGCAAAGAACCCAUACCACGACCCCAAUAUCGCGGCCAAGAGUCUUCAGCCUAGAAGAAUCCCGAAGUCGCUUCACUUCAAUCCAAAGGGAAAAUACAUCGAACAGGCCAAUGCUCUGCGUAGACAGGAGGCGUUGGAGGAGAUGAAGAAGAGAAUCGCUGCCGCAGCCAGGAAGGUCGGCAUUGACGAGGACAUGCAUGCGGAUAAGGCUUUCGCGCCACAAGAACCCCCAUCCAUCGAAUGGUGGGAUCAGGGACUUACCCAGAACUCGACAUAUGAGGAUAUGGACAUUGGUGCCUUGAAGGUCGACACGGAAGACUCUAUAGUGACCAUCUACAUCCAGCAUCCCAUCCAGAUCGAGCCACCUCAGGAUAAACACAUUCCGCCGCCGAAGCCGCUACCUCUCACCAAGAAGGAGCAGAAGAAAGUCCGCCGACAGCGACGUGCCGAGGAGUUGAAGGAGAAGCAAGCCAAGGUCCGCCUGGGACUCGAGCCUCCACCACCACCGAAGAUCAAGAAGUCCAACAUGAUGCGCGUGCUGGGCGAAGAAGCCGUCAAGGAUCCCACCGCCGUCGAAGCCCGCGUCAACAAAGAGAUCCGCGAGCGUCUAGAGAAUCACCUCAAGACCAACGAGGACCGCAAACUUACAAAGGAGCAACGACACGAAAAGCUGGCCAUCAACCAAGAAAAAGACCAGUCCAAGGGCAUCCAAUGUCUCGUCUUCCGCAUUGAAACCCUCGCCAACGGAAAACACCGCUUCAAGAUCAACAAGAACGCUGAACAACUCGGCCUCACUGGCAUCUGCAUCUUCAGCCCCAAGUUCAAUCUCGUCAUCGUCGAGGGCGGCCCCUACGCUGUCAACAAAUACAAGAAGUUGAUGAUGCAGCGUAUCGACUGGAAGGAGGAGGUUGAACCACAGGAGGGUGGCGAGGAAGCACCCACUGAACAGCUCACUCAUGGCGCGGAUAUCCCCAUGUUGCAAAAUAGAUGUACUCUCGUCUGGGAGGGCGAGCUGAAACAGAAGGGAUUUAGAAAGUUCUCUUCCGAGAGGUGUCCCACCGAUGCUAUGGCGAAGGAGAGGCUGGAGAGGGGUAGGAUGGAGCAUAUGUGGACUGUGGCUAAGGGGGCGGUGCAGAAGGAGGAAUAAUCCGGGGAAGGAGUAAUCAUUAGGAAGACAUAGCAUUGUGUUGAUUCUUGUGUUGACGUAUUUUGGAUGAAAAGGAGCGUGUUUGUAUCUCGUAGUGAAAUGGUAACGUUUGAUGUAAG